CAUUUCUUUAUAUAUAUUCACUCAUAAAGAAGAAAAUCCUAUUUAACAAGCAUCAGUCUUGAAAGGCAACGCUUAAAAACUGCUUCCUGCUCAAGGCAAGCUGGGGAAAAAAAACAACCAACCCCACAUUUGCUGGUUUUGGGCUGGAUUUUUGUUGGGAUAAAGCCCCAAACAGCGCUGGCCCGGCGCGCCCGGGCAGCCCAAGGUCCUCGACAUCCCAGUUACAAACUGGUUGAGCCGGCGAGGAGGUUCCGCUCGCGAUUGGUGAGGUGCAGGCAGGGGUAGGCAGGGCCAGGCGCCUUGCCCGCGCCCUGAUUAGGCGGGUUAAACGUGAUUGACCAGUGCGAGUAAUUAAUCUGCGAGAGGCCGGGCUUGGGGCUUUGUUUAUACCCCUGGAUUGGCUGGAUUUGAAUUAGAUAUACAUUCUAUUUGUACCUAGGUGGGACCUCGCGGGGGUUUAUUUUGGUGCAUUACGCUAUAAAAGCGGCGGCAACCCAGGCGAAUGUCGUUGUCCACCGCCGCUCUCCUUCGCCACCGUGGCUCUGCCGGAACACCGGGCCUCACCGGGAGCCAUCGAUCAGGAGGCUUGUCCUCAUGCCCUCAAGUUUUGCUCUAGGUGGAAAGGAGUCCACGUUUAACUGGCUGUAAAGUCAGCGGCGGGCAUGGACCAGUACCCCUUCAGCGACGAGAACGCCGUUCAUUUGGAGAUGCAUCUCCCUGGAUUUUCCGAAAGCCAGGGGCUGGUCUGUAGCAAGGCUCUCAACCACAAUUUAUGCCUAAAUGCGAAAGAUGGGAUGUACGCAGGGCUGAGCAGCUUGGACGUGGUGCCUGGCCUUCCAGCUGCAGAUGCGGCCAGCCACGCUCUAGAGGCCAAUUUAAACGUGUUCUCUCUGUACCCGGUGAAGGACUGCGACUCUGUUCAGCUCCUCGAUGAGCCAGACUUGCGGCCCUCACAGCAUGAGCCGGGGCUUCCCGUGCUGACGGCACCGGAGGAGGCAGAUCUGCAGGGAGAGGAAAGUGUCCCCUCGGCUCUCCUCAGACCUCGCUGCCAGGCUGCAGCUGCUGCGGGAAGGUGUUCGGCAGUGCCAGCGCUCUCAGCAAACACUGCCUGA